AUGAGAGACCACUACGAGACGCUAGGGCUGCAGCCCAGCGCGCGCCAGCAAGACCGACGUGAAGAACGCGUACUUCCGGCUAACUCACCGCUACCACCCGGACCACCACGCCCAGGGCGAUAUGCCGCAGGCCGUGCCGCCACCGCGGCUGCGUUCCGUAGGGCCAAAGGAAGCGUACGGUGUGUGCUCUACGAUGAAGGCCGCCGCGCCGAGUACGACCGCACCAUCCGCCCCUCCUCGUCCGCUUCGGGUGGCGGCAAUGGUAAUCGGCAUGGUCAGUACGGCGCCGGCGCCUCCUCCAGAUCGAGUGGCUUCACCACGCAGACGUGGGAGGCACGGAAGGAGUGGGCGGAGUGGGACGACAAGUGGGAGGCAUCUAAGAAGAAGUGGGCGGAGUGGGACGAGAAGCGGGAGGCGUCUAAGAAGAAGUGGGCAGAGUGGGACGAGAAGUGGGCGGAGUGGGACGAGAAGCGGGAGGCAUCUAAGAAGAAGUGGGCAGAGUGGGACGAGAAGUGGGAGAUGUAG